AUGUCCACGAGUCUCUUUGCUGCCAAGCAGUACAAGUCUUCUAGAAACUUGAAGAAACUCGCCAUUUCGUCUCCCAUCAACACAAAGUCUCCUACGGGAUCGCUACAGCCUUCACCGCUGUUUUCACCUCUUACCAGGGACCCCGUGAUUGUGUUGAGAGCCCGCUACGACUUCACGGCAGAAUCGCCUGUGGAAAUCAGCGUAAAGCGGAAUGACUAUGUCAAACUCGUCCACAGACCUGGGAACGGCUGGCUUUUGGUCAAAUUCAUCGACAAGACAGACAGUGGCCUUGUGCCAGCCUCAUACGUUGACAUUGUGGCCAACGACAUCCAAAACCCCAUUACACUCGAAUGGCUUCUCGAGACCAAGCCGCCUUCAGAGAGAAAGAAGGAACACAUCAAAAACAUCCGCAUCAACACGGUGCUCCAGAACAGAAAAAUGCGCUACUUGUACCGGUUGGACAUCACCAUGAGCUCUGGCAAGCAGAUUUUCCUCUGCAAGUACUACCAGGAUUUCUACAAUUUGCACGUUGCGCUUGUAACGUCGUUGGGUCGUUUGGUGCCGCUUCCUGUUUUCCCCAAACCAAGAGGGCUGAUGGACAAGACACACCAGAAAACAUCGCCCAACCAAUCGGACAUCAAGAACUUGCUCGAAGUGGCGGGCCAGCUCAGCAAGUACUUGAGACAGCUUUUGAUUAUUGAAAAAGUCCGGGCGUGUGACGAGUUCAUUGAGUUCAUUGACGACGAGCAGUUCAAGAGAAUUGUUAUUUGUCCCGGUGACGCCCCCAUUGCCGACGCCAAAAUCAACGACAUGCUCCACAAGGACCUGGUCAAUAUAGUGGACUCGUUGCUGAGAGCAGACAUGUCGCUCAAAAGCGUUUCUGUGGCCCAGACGCCAUCUCCGGCUCAAAAGAGCCCACUAAAGCAAAAAAGGCAGUUUUCAAUGUCUCCCACGGAAAGACAGAUGUCGACUUCUCCUUCCAUUGCAGCAUUGAUGCCGUCGUUUGUGUCGCCUUCCAGUAUUCCCACAGUGCCUGACACUCCAGAAGCUGAAACUACCGCUACGACCGAAUCGCCCAUGGCUGAGUCCAAGAGCUCCCAGACACUUUCUACAUUUUCACUGCUUCUUGCAGGCUACGGUGAAGACGAAGCCGGCUUGAAUCUCCAGGAAACCAAAACCACCGAUUCCAGCGACUCCCAGAUGCACCUGAACGAAACCACCUUGCAAGACCCAAUUGACCUUCCAGACGUUCGCUAUAAAAAUCUGGAACAAGCCAAGGACGGGGCAACUCCAGCCAGUGACGUCAGCCACGAUUCCGUCAGCACCAUCGGGAGCCAGGGCCUCAACAGCACACAUUACCUGAGCGGAGAAGACUCGCUUAUGCUGAAUUCGGGCCGUCACAAGAGCCUGUCUUGCGAGCCCAAAACGCCCAUUUUGGGCCUAGACCAGAGCUUUGCCAGGCACCCACCCAAGCUCUUUGGAAGCGAGGAGGAUGAGCAAAUCAAGCCUUUGCUGCCCAAGAAACACAAGGAAGCGUACAUCUCCGCCUCGUCCUCCACCGUUACCAUUACGCAAGAUACAAAAGUGAAGCAGAAGCACAGCGAGUAUGUUCGGAUCAAGGUGACGCUAUGCAACGAGGAUGACGACAAGGUGGUAUUGCGAGCUCGACGCAGCGACUUGCACUCGCUUCAGUCGUUGAAGCACAUGGUGCUGAAGAAGAUCUACGAGGAUCCGGCUUUGGUCCACCACUACACACUCAGGCCUUUUGAAGAAGCGUUGGACAGGUUUGGGCUUGAUGAGCACGGCAUUAUGGACUAUGUUAGGAGCAGGCCCAAGGCCCAUUUGAAGCUCCAGCGGGUCCGCUAA